GCUCACCCCAAGGUCCCGCAGGCCUCCUGACAGGAGGCCGAGAUGGCGUCUAGCCGCAGUGGACAAAGGCCAGAUGGGCCUCGCUUGAUCUACGUGACCCGCUUCGCCUCGCACCGCCAUGGCGUGUGGCAGUUGAGGGGCUUCCGAGGUUUUGGCCAUCGAGGCGCCGGGCUGGGGGCCCGCUGUGCUCUAAAGCAGGAGGCGGUAGAGCCCGGCGCCCCCGGAGGAGAGCGGCCCAGCGGCUCCCAGGCCGGGGUCACCGACACCCCGGAUUCCGCCCCUUUCCAGCGGAGGUCCAGAGCGCCCAGGGCCCGGGGCCAAGGCCAAGCAGCGCAAGCAGGUGGUUUAAACCAGAAAAAUGCAGCUAAAGAGUUUGAUUUCCCCAUACCACUGAAUGAAGCCUCCAAACUAAUGAAGGAGAGGAAAAAGGCCUCCGUGUGGAGCAAAGUGCACCAAGUCAUUUCCAGAAUGAUUGCAGAAAACGAAAAAUACAGACACAGACUGAAGUGCCAAAAUUUAUCUAAUGAACUUUUCUCAACCAACUUGAGGAAGAAUUGGUAACAGAUGGGGGAGCGAUCACCUUCCUGGGACUCCUGGGAGUUACUUUGCUUCAGUCCACACAGGAAGAGACAACUCUCACCGACUCCCCAACUGCAGGUGUCUCAACUGGACAAGAACUGGAAAGUGUAUUUUGGACAACAUGAUGCAUGGCAUCAGUGAGAGCUCCUCACAAAGCUGUUAGAAAAUGCAAAUAUGCUAAAUUCUUGUGGGUUUGUUUCAUUCCAAGCUACAACUUCAUCCCUUCAUGAGAACUAACAACCCUGGUUUUGUGAUUGUAUGUUCUUUAAAUAACUAGUAAAUCCACCUGUUCCCUGUUGAAGGACACAUGUCACCUAGGCAAAUGGCCUAGGCCUUGCAUAUAAGAGCCACAGUUCCCUCCACACACACACACCCACAGCCUUAUCCAACUUCUUUGGACUACUCUAAGUAAAGUUUCACAUUGCUGUAUCCCUCAAUAAAGUUUCAAAUGUUAGUUUAUACAAGUUAAAUCUACUGCCAAAUGCAAAAUGUUUAUAAACCUAACUGCAUACAAUUUUGUGGAGAGUGUGAACAAAGAUUUUAGCUAUGUUUAUGUUUGUGCAAGCUGCUGACUCUUUAUGGAAGCGAAGCCCAUUUAUCAGAUCCGUCAGUAUGUAUGCAAUUCACUAUGUGAGUGUCAUGCUGGAGAAAAUGUGUCCCACUCUUCUAGAACCAUGCAGUUCUAAAGACUUCCAUGGAAAUGAAUGUUCUAAAUGCUUUAUUUAUUGUUUAAUAAUUUCUGGUGAAAUAUAUUAUGUCAGUUUUGUUGAACAGAAGAGAAAUACAAUGUGAAUUUUCUUCUCAAAUAUU